GUGGCGGCGGUGGCAGCGGGCCGGGCCGGGCGGGCGGCGGAGGGGAGGGCGGCGGCGUAGCGGGCUCGGCAUGGCCCCGGCUCGGCUGGCGGCGUAGCGGGCUCGGCAUGGCCCCGGCCCGGCUGUCGCUGCUGCCCCCGCUGCUGCUGCUGCUGGUCGCGGCCUGCGCCUGGCGGCCGGCGCGGGGCCAGGAGGCGCCGCAGAGCCCGGACUGGCGGAUGACGCUGAAGACGAUCCGCAAUGGCGUGCACAAGAUCGACACGUACCUGAACGCGGCCCUGGACCUGCUGGGCGGCGAGGACGGGCUCUGCCAGUACAAGUGCAGCGACGGAUCAAGACCCGUUCCUCGUUAUGGGUAUAAACCAUCACCACCAAAUGGCUGUGGAUCCCCUCUGUUUGGAGUUCAGUUUGACAUCGGUAUCCCAUCAAUGACAAGGUGCUGCAAUCACCAUGACAGAUGCUAUGAUACUUGUGGCAAUAAAAAAAAUGAUUGUGAUGAGCAGUUUCAGACCUGCCUCUCAAAAAUUUGCAGAGAUGUGCAGAAAACGCUUGGAAUCUCAGAGAGUGUCCAGGCUUGUGAAUCAACUGUUCAACUGCUGUUUGAUGCAGUUAUACAUUUGGGAUGCAAACCAUACCUGGACAGCCAGAGAGCUGCUUGUAUGUGUCGUUAUGAGGGCAAGACAGAUCUCUGAAAGAAGACACCGAGAUAUCAUGGUGUAGAAUAAAACCAAAGAUCCAGCCAAAAUGAAGCAAGGCUUUGGUUACAAAUCGUUAGACCUUUCAGACAGUGAUACAUUAAACACUGACAUGAAUUUACUGAUUUGAGGAUCACUAUGAUAUUCUCAUUCAUGUGAAAAAGAAAUAAGUCAUCCUUCUCUCCAGUUUAUGCCAGAAGCUUGGGAACUGAAACUGUUUUCCUUUGGUAUAUGUGCACCUGUAUGUGCUGUUGUAAAACGCUGAUGCCAUUUUAAUGUUCCCAAGAAGACUCCACAGUGGAGACAUCAGAAGCACCAAAGAGUUAUACUGUAUUCUCAGGUGAUUUUUAAUACAGGUCAAAUUUAGGUUUACUAGUAGUUGAAGAAUCUGAUGGGUUCAACAGGAAAGAGUGUGUUAUGUGUACCAGUAUGAGACAUCUUACAUAGCCUAUACCUGCAUGUUUCUGCUGUAGUUGCCUUGAGUGCUCUCUCAUGUUUGUGGUCCUGCAGGUUUCUUGUUAAAAAGCCAGGAAAACGCCCCAAGCCAAUGUACAUGCACUACAUAUUUCUACCUGAUUCUAUAUCAAUGCCUUACUAAAGCAGCACCUUUCAGAUCAAAUGCAUUGAUCCUUUUAAGGACUGUCCAGUAAAAUGAACAGUUUGCAGCCUAAGGAUAUACUUUUGAUUUGACAGAAUGGUGAAAUGUAGUUUCUGUAUUGUUUUUUAAAAAUUCAUCAAAUGUCUGGUUUUGAAUAAAACAUUUUGUGCUGUGUAUUAUAUGAAUGGAAAGGAUAUAUGUACAAAUAUGUUGAUUUAGAUUUCUGUUGUGGCACAACUUGGGUACUGUAUUCAUCUUUGCUGUCAUUUAGUGUGUUCCGAUGAAAACUAAAAGGAAGUUCCACAGUUAAGACCAGAGUGCCCAAAAAACAAAUUUAUUUAUGAUGCCCUCUGUGAGGCUGAUGGAUAUAUAAGCUUGUACUUCUGUUACUUGUUCACUCUCUGACUUCUGUAGCUAAAAUCACCUGAUGCCUGAAUUAUUUUGUGUUUACUCUCUGUACUCUCUGUACUUGUUGCUUAUCUACAGGUGUCAGUCCUUAGUUAACUUCUGCAUUAGGUCUUCUGUUAGAAAGAUAAUUAUUUGCUUUAAUUAUUCACAGGAGACGAAUAAAAAUUAAAAUAUCGCAUCUGUGAACAGGUAGUAGAAAUUAAAUGCAUAAAAUUCACUGGA